AUGGAUCCAUAUGUUGAGCGCACUCCAUCGCUCACUAACUCUGAUUCUUCAAGAUCUAGCACUUCAAGUGAUCCCGUUUCCAUGGACCCACCAAUACUCAACGUCAGAGACAGACCUCUUCCUUCAAUACCCCGUGAAUUGUCUCAGAAAUCAUACCAUAUACCUUUCCCUACUCCCAGGGAAAGACCUACAUACCCAAACGACUCACUGCGCUCGGCUAGAAGGCCGAGCCUCGUUCACGACCGUCCACCGCAGCGUGCUUCAUCCUUGGCUAAAACAUUUGCCUGGAAGAGAAUGCAUCGUGCGGCCGUCCAUUCCCUCAAGCAACCACAUAUUCUUGCACGCUUAUUACAAUUCAUGCAAUGGGCUGAUUUUUACGUCCUAUUAUCAACGUGUGCCGAUAUGAGGCAUCUCUGGAAUACUCGCGAUUUUAGAGAUGUCGUACUAUCCCAUUUCGUCCCAGGCUACGGCUACGCCCUCAGGCAUCGUGACCUCUCCAAGUGCCAAGACUUGGACAUUUCCCUUCAAGACCUUGACCUCUUGCUUAUCUCGCAACGCGUUCCCCCCCAUCAAUACCCUGUUCACGCACUCAGGAGUCUACCGCCCAGCCGAGAUUAUGACGCAACUAUCGCGAAAUUAACCCAUAAACUUGCCCUUCUCUGUCUCACGCACUCACGUUUCGUACUACUUCUUCAAUGCCUCGUCCACAGUUCUUCUCUUCCCCUACCCAUUGAUGAUGACUCCUAUUUUCAAUCCCCACGACUUUCCUCAGUUCCCCCCACACUGCCUCAUGGCCUCCGCGAACUCACAUUUCCUGCCCCUCUGUCAUUCGUAUCUGAUGCAUCUGCAAAGGCCCUGCCGAGCGCUUAUUCAUCAGGUACUGAGUCGGAUCGGAGGCGGUCCAUCCAGUCAUCGCAUAAUCCCAUGCCAAGGAGUCGAGACCCUCCAAAACCCAGGACUGCGGCUGACUUCAACCCGUCAAUCAAUCAACCGAAGCAGAGGAAACUUUCCAUAUUCGGUGGAAAAAACCCUCCGCCCCCUCCACUCUCGGAGCCCCGAUCUCUCAAAUACUAUGAUGCCAGAUGGCGGCGCACCAUCGCUGGCACGCCACUUCAAACGCCUGCGCCACUAGGCACUUACGCGAAUAAUCGGAAUUUUAUGUCAGAGGAUGACAUCAGCAAGUCUGUAAUGCGUACCCACCGACGCACAGGAUCUAGUGGGAUGUCCAGUAUCUCAUCUUCGGCUAGUGGUAGUCCAUCCCCACCAAUAUCUCGCAGAGCGGCACGAGACUCUUCUGGCCUCUCCACUGGCUCCCCACAUGAGCUUUACACGGCAAUUUCACGAACUCGGGCGCCGGUGCUGCGCGUAUUCGUACCUUGUACAGGCCUCGUCCCUGAAACAAUCUCAUUAUGCGAACAACAGCUGAUCGACAACGGCCUCUGGGAACACCUCUCAACCGGGGAUAUCGUCUGCAACUUCGGCUUCCUCCCUGUGGCUCCCGAAUCGGACGAGACAUCAUUAUCGCAAGAAUCCGAUAGCGCGCUACGCAAAUCAUGGCUGCUUUACAACGGUUACGCACUUGUUCCGUUCACCCCUCCUAUGCCCCCGCCCCUUGAUGACCCCCUCAGCCUUCCAUCACCACUAUACUAUUCACACAUCGCGCCUUCCCAUGUUCACCCUCUAUUUGCAUUCGCACCUCCAGGUGGCGGUGGCGUCCCUGAGCUCAACCUAGUACAAACAACAGAACGCGUCCGUUCGCCGCAGUCCCGCGGAGGAUGGGCCGCUGCGAAGAAGUAUAUGUGGGUCGCGCGUGCACGCGUCGGCAUGGGUUUCAUUGACGUCGACGAUGGAAUUGGCGAAGGGUGGCGGGGUGAAUGGGUCCUCGAGACCGAAGGCACGCGUGAGGGGCGACACACGCUCGUAGACUGUCUAUCAGGGGAAGCAGGUGAGGUUUUUGUGUGGGAGUUUGUGAGGGAAAAGAGCGGCAGCGGGCGAAUAUGGCUAAAGUGA